CUUUGGAUUGUCGGUUUGACCGUGAACCAUGAUCCUGACAGCGGAGAAGUUGAAGAUCACCAUGGUCCAACAGUCCGCUCGACGACCGACAAGGCACAUACUGCAUGGAACGCGCACUGCAAGUGUCGCGGCGAUUUUCGCGUGCCCGUCGACCAAGGCCACGGAUCCUCUUGAGCUGUUGUUCAUUCGGCGGGCGAUCAAUCCUAGGGACCGAUGGAGUGGCCACAUUGCAUUCCCAGGUGGACGCGUGGAGGCUGGCGAGUCGGCAUUGGAUGCAGCGCGGCGGGAAACCAUGGAGGAAGUGGGGGUGGACCUCACUCACGCUGAAGUGUUGGGGCAGUUGGACGACCGGCUCGCGGCGCGCAAUGGGCUGGUCGUGCACACUUUUGUAUUCCUCCUUGCGACAAAGCCAUCGACGUGUGUGCUGCAACCUCUUGAAGUGAGCGACGUGUUGUGGGUGUCGUCCUUGGCACUUGCCGACGCGCCUCUACGUACCCUCUUCUACCCCAUCGGUCCAUACCUUCAGCGCGCCGUCCCGCGAUGUCUGCAUGUACAUACAUCACACGUUGGGUGUAAUGUUGAUGAUUGUAAGCCUGUGUGUACAGCCCAUCUUGGCGAACCUGCCAUUAGGGUCAGUGACGUUUCCAUGCCUGUACCUCCCGCACCCGUCCACCGAUGUCGUUCGCAUCGAUCGUCAAGCCCAUGAGUAUGUGCUUUGGGGCGUCACGUACAGCAUGUAUCUCGACAUUCGGGUCAUCGUCAGCCGACGGCAGUAUCCGCCCGAUGCCAAGUCUGCCGCGCCGUCAUACGUGGCCUUGUACUAUCGAUUGUUGGUUUCCGUGGUACUAGUAGUCGUGGCCUUGGCUUUCGUAUCAUGGUGGCGAUAUUGACCAUACAACGCCAAACUUGGCAUACAGUAUCUAACGUUUGUACUGCCCACCAGUUACUAGUUAGUUGAACCUGGCUUGUAGUCUUCACAGUGUAGUCUAGCCUCAUAACUUUGAGUUACAUGGCCA